GGUUAAGCAUCUCGUUCAAGCGACAUAUCCUGCGAACUCCCAAAAUUCAUAUCUCCGUAAACAACAUCUAGCAAUGGAUCCUCUCUCAAUCACCACAGGUGUCCUAGCACUGCUUGGCACAUGUAUCAAGGUUUACAUCACGGUGGGCGAAAAGCUCAAGACAUUCCGCCAUUACUCUCCAGAAGUGAGGAGGACUGAGACGAAGUACUUCUACCAUGUCCAGAGCUUCCGCCACGAGAUCCACCUUCUCCUCCUCCGGAACGCCUGCCCUGAUGACGAGACGGCAAUUGAAGAGAUGCUGAGCGAUGCCGGACAUCCGGAAUGGCAGAACAGACUGCUGCAAGAAAAGAUUGCGCUUGCACUUGGAAAGGCGAAAGAGGGGUUGCUUAAGGAUGUUAUUGAAGACAUCAGAACCUCUCUGUCGGAGCUCCAGGACCACCUGAGAUGCUUUGACUCUUUGAAGGCAGACCAGCAUCAGGGAGAAAAGAUUAAAGACACUAUCAGGAGACUGCGAGAUCGGGCCAAAGUCGCUUGGAAUAAAAGCGAGGUUGAACAAAAAAUCGAAGACCUCCGCGACUCGAUCAAAACCCUUCGAUGCCUCCGAGAGCAAGCGGCUGAGAUUUCUGUGCAUACGCGGCCCUGCGGACAUCUCACGGGGAUCCCUCACGACAACAUCGUCGGAAAACGGGACAGCAUUGCUGGACCACACGCAGGCCUCAGCCUGGAGCAAAGGACAGAAUAUGGGCAAUAUGGCCCCGUCAGGCGUGCAUCAAAGGCGUUCCACAAGGCGCUGGCGCUUACCUGGUCCAAAGCCCCCGAGUCCACGCAAAUGGCCCGUCCCACGCGACAUUCCGUCAAGCUCUUCUUGGACGCGCGUGCCGAUGGCGACGUCCAGAUGGACGUGGCCGUCAUAUGUUACGGCCACAACCAUCUCGUCAACCCAGUCAUGCAAGCCAGCCUCGCAAGGCUGCGGAUCAAAUCCAGGAUGAUGUUUGAUCGGCUGGACUCUAACAGCGACACCCUGGCUGAUGCAAAAGACGAGUCUGCAGUGGUGCAUCCACAAAAGCGCCGCAGGGUUCGCUUUGCCGACGCACCCACAUUACCGUCGCCAACUCCCUCGCAGCUGCAAGCAGAUGCCCCAGAGCAGGACGUCAGAUCCAACAGUCCAUUGCGGAUUCAUGACAUUUGCUCUGUCCUGGGUCACUGUUCCCUCCCCAAAUCUCCCUGUUCGGCAGACUGUCUGGGAUACAUCGACACAAGCGAUCAAGAAAACUUCAGACACACCUUUUACAACGCACUGGGGAACAAGACGGCGCACGACCUCUUUUGGUCAACUUCGGGUCCGGAUGCCCUCGUUUCCAUGAGGACAGUCCUCUCCAGCCCAGCCGAGACCUCGCUCUCCCUCCCAGACCAGCUCAGAUUAGCGCGCAACCUCGUCACGGCCGUGCUGAAGUUCCACUCCACCCCAUGGCUCGGAGAGUUGUUUUCCCUCAACGACGUCUCGUUCUUCAAGAUAGGCCAGAGCAUGUCGAGCUACCUGCAGACUCUCCAUGUCGGCUUCGAGUUCAGCAAUGCGCCGCAGCACGCGCCGUCACUGCUCGGUCCUGGCACCUGCGGUGACAUGGAAGGUGUUGUGCAAACCGCACCCACGCCCGACUCCACGGCCAUAGAGGAUGACAUGCUCAAGUAUGGCAUCCGCAACCUGACGCUGUGGAGUCUUGGGGUGAUCUUGUUGCAGAUAGGAAUGUGGCGCGAACUCGUCGACACGAAUGAUGUACUAUGCGUCCGGAAGCUAUCCACCCAAGGAUCUUGCGUGCUGGGACCCAGAUACAAGGAGCUCACCAAGAAAUGUUUGAACUGUGAUUUUGGGUUUGGCGACGACCUAUCGAAGCCGCGCUUGCAGCAGGCCGUGUUUAAGGGAGUGGUUUGCGAGUUGAGCGAGAUGAUUAGGAGUUUGGACAUUAACGACGACUGAACACCCAAGCUAGAUGGAUGCUGCAGCACAGCUUUUAAUACCAGUGAGGUUGCCAGUGAGGUGUUUCCCGA